AUGCCCAACACAAUUGUACUCAUCCGACAUGCCCAGGCUCUACACAACAACUAUACCAUUCCGGAUCCCCCGCUAUCUACCCUUGGGCUGGCUCAGUGUCGGGAACUUCGAUCGAGUCUUUUAGAGACUUUUGGCGACGUGCAAGAGGCCGCAAUCAUCGUCAGCCCCAUGAUACGCACAAUCCAGACCGCAUUGCUCUCGUUAGACUGGCUGGUUGACAAAGGUGUGCAGAUCCGGGCCGACGCCACAUGGCAAGAGAACUCCAUCAAGCCAUGUGACACAGGUAGCACAAUUAAUACCCUCGCGGAACGCUUCCCGACUGUUGACUUUUCGACCAUCGAUCCCAUCUAUCCCGAUAAAACUUCCAACGGUGCAGCCUCGUAUGCGUACACACGGCGUGCCAUCCUAGCUCGGGCCGAGACUGGGCUGAGAAGUCUUCAGGCAAGGCCAGAAAAGAUUGUGUUUGUUGUCUCGCAUUCCGGUUUCCUUCGCGCUGGUCUGACAGGCUUCUCGUUCUUCAAUGGCGAUUUCCGAGUCUUCGAACUCGUCGCAGCAGCUGAACCAAGGCAGCUGCCGCAACUGAUGCAAUGGGCCGCGACGAUCCGCGGUGGUCUUGGCAAAUCAAGCGUCGACAUAGUAGAACUUGGUUACCAUCUUCCGGAUGAUGAGGUUCAGACUGCCACAUCGAACUGA